AUGUAUUAUUACGCGAGCAAGCUGAACGAGGCGUCAUGUAGUGGGUGCAAUGUUAAGGUGCCCCCGGUGCCAUCCGAAGCCGCGCCGCCGCCACCUGCGGAGCCCUCUCAAUUGAUGAAGGCGGAUCCCACCAUUUUAGGCACUGGGUUGUCGUACUAUGAUAACGACGACUAUUACUCUAUGGUGAGAGGCAACAAGUUCAUGUCGGAGAGCGGGGUGAGGCACUUAAUGAUGAAUGGGAGCCUGAACUAUGUCUCUGCUCAGAAGGUUGAUCAGCCACAGUUGCAGAUCCCCACGGUGCCAUCGAAGAGUUUGUCUCUGCCGUAUGUUAAUUCUGAAAAGGCAGAAAUCGAGUACAAGGACGGUCAGAUAGUGAGCGGUACUAUCGACUCGUUGGUGGACCUACUGAGGCCCGGCGCGAGCAACACUUUCGUCUUCACGUUUCUCCUGUGCUCCCGGCUCUUCAUCAGACCGCACGAGCUAUUGGCGAAGCUGUGCAAGCGAUACUUCAGAAGUUACGAAAAAGUAGGUGGUUCAGAAUUAAAGGAUACAGCGGAGAAGGAAAUCCAGGAUAUGGUCUCGUUGGUUCGAGUCUUGGAUCAGUGGACCAAUAUGUUCCCGUACGAUUUCCGGGACGAUCGCGUCAUGGCUCUAGUCAAAAGCAUCACGCAGAGGUGUUCUGCGGAACACAUGUCGUCCGUUCGUGCCGAUAUGUCGAGCAUGUUGGAGCGUUUAUUGGACAAACUCACAGCAUUGGAGAAGUACGAGGAGACGCUGGUCGAAGUGCCUCAAGUAGCUAGCGUGGAUUGUCUGCCGCCGGGUGACAUUCUUACCUUGGGGCUGACACCGGUCGAGUUGGCGAACCGACUGACCGUACUGGAACUCCAUCGCCUGUCCUUCAUUGGCCCCGAGGAGUUCGUGCAGACCUUUGUGCCCGCUCAGCCAUCGUCGUCGGGGAAGACCAUAACCCUCCAUCACGUGGAGACGAAGAGUACCAGAAAUUUGGAGGCAUACGCUGAUUGGUUCAACCGUUUGAGCUAUUUGGUCGCGACUGAUAUUGUCAAGCCAGCGAAGAGCAAGUACAGGGCGCGAGUGAUCGAACAGUGGGUGAUGACAGCGCGGGAGUGUUUCAACCUUGGAAAUUUUAAUUCGCUUAUGGCGAUCAUCAGCGCACUUAAUAUGGCGCCUGUCACUAGGCUUAAGAAGACGUGGAGCCGAACGUCUAGCGUGUGCGUCCAGCAGUUGCGACAACUUGAGUUGUGCGUGGAGCCGAGCGGUAAUCACGCGAGGUACCGUGCCGCUCUAGCUGCAGCCCCAACUGAGACGGCCGUGCCGUUGCUGUCCGUGACUUGCAGGGAUCUGCAUUUCGCUAACCAAGGCUCGCCGAACAAGUUAUCCGGUAACCGAAUCAACUUCUCGAAGUGCUCGCUGCUCGCUCGGCACGUGAGCUCGCAGCUCGCAGCGCGGCGGCUCUGCGCCGAAGGGCCCGCGCACGCUGCGCCCCCGCCGUCCGCUCCGUCGCACCACGCGCCCACGGCUGCCUUCCUUACCGAGCGGAGCUCGCUUAACGAGAGAGGUCUCGAGCUGAGCUCGUUUGAACGCGAACCUCCCUCCGAUCAGCUGGAGAAGGAACGGCUGAAGCGGUUGCGCGGCGGCGGCCCAUGA